CUGCCUGAUGUGGUGGUUUCGGUUUACGCAACGCUCCAACAGGAAGCUCAAUGCGCUGCAUGGCAAUCCCUGGCUGAACUAGCAGAGUAUGAGCUGAACAUCACGCUACUCACAAUCUCACGGCUUCUGGAGGUUGGCGAGCCCCAUGAAGAUAAGAGACAAAGAGUGCUGGCCAUGUUAGCCAUGAGAGCCUGCAUUGAACGAUCAGAUGAUGCGACAUAUGUCGAUGUCAGAACAAGUCGCUUUGCGCAACACUGUCUCAACUCGCUUCGAAGCUCAGUGCGUGAGCUGAGGACGGCUGCUGCACAGACCGUGUCAUGCCUCCUUCGAGAUAGUCUGCCAGAGUCCUUGAGAUUCCCAAAUAGACAAGUCGUACUGGAGCACCUUCGGAGUGCGUCCACUCGCGACGUUGCCAGUGAACAGGAAACACUGGUCACAGCAUGGGGUCAGGUCGCGAUCUCGUGCGGCGAGAAAGAGCUCAACCUAGCAUUGCUUCAGUUGGUUGAAUACCUCGGCCAUGGUAAUGCCUAUGUCUGUGCUUUGGCGUUCUCUGAACUGGAAUCCAUUGCGACAUACAAAGGCCUUUUGCCCAAGGAGCUCUUCCAGCCGUUCUGGCGCUCUAUCGCCGUCGCAGUAGUACAGGAGCUACACAAUAAACCACAAAAGGCACAACAGCUUAGCGACUUGUUGAGCAUGGACAUCAAUAGCUUCCUCCUGCUGACGCAGCGUGAGAUACUGCCAUUCCUGGUCUUGACCAAGAGAAAGGACGUCUUACAAAGAAUUGCAAACGCACGAGGCAACGGCGCCACCAUCGAGGACAUAUGCAUGCAGCCUAGCACGAACUUGGCUGCCAUUCUGGCUUUUCUGCUCUCGCAGUCUUCACAUGAAGCCGAAGAUUUCGCCUAUUCGUGUCUCACUGAGGUUGCGCCAGAGUUGCGAAAUACAGAUGUAGUAACCUUGGUGGCCCAGGUGAAUCCAGUUCUGGUGGCGUGCGAAAUGCUCAAGCUCAGUGGUGAACAAAGUCCGGACAGAAAGUCCAGAGCGUAUCAGGCGUUCCAAACGUUUGCCACCAUCGCCGAGAGGCUACCUGGCCAGCGCAAAGUGCAUGGGAAGGCUUCGAAAGCCGUGAGCACUUUCUUCGAAGAUAAAAUUCUUGGUAUAUUGACGUUAUUCUCCCUUACGCUGGAAUGUGGCACAGGAGCAGAAUCCACAACGGAGAAGAUACGCUGCUUGAAAGGCCUGGCGGACAUGCUCGUCAUUGCGAAAGGUCAACUUUCUGCCGCGCUGCCACAGAUCCGUGGAUGUUUACAGUCAGGUCUCGAGCAGCCAGCGCUAUGUGAACUCGCGUUUGGCACGUGGCUGACCCUAAUCCCAUUACUGGACGAAGACGAUGUCAUGUCGAUUGUCAAUGAAACCUUUGUCCUCAUCACGCGGCACUGGUCACAUCUCACACUCGAUACGCAGCAAAAGACGCACGAGAUGCUCAGUCAGCUUGUCAAAACGCACAACACGCUGUUGCAAGAAAAUAAAAUGACGCUCCCAUCACUGCAGGGCAUACCGCUUCUGUCGAAAUUCGCCGCCGAAUUCGACCGGGUCAGAUCGCAAGAAGACGUCGAGACCUUCUGCAAAGCAUUCACGAGACGGCUGAAAGACGACAGCGAUACAGUCGUGCUCCAGUCACUCGAGGAGCUGGUUCCGUUCUUAAUCUCUCGCCAGACAUUCAUACACGAAACGGCUGCAAGCGAGCUGCCCUCGCCGGUACUUUCAGAGUUACUUUGUGCUCUCCUCGAUGUUACAGUCAAGUACUCCAGUACGAAGCCAGAAGCUGCAGAAUUUUGUGGUAAGGCGCUUGGCAUCAUUGGCUGCCUCGAUCCCAAUCGAGUCGAGGCGACGCGGAGGAAGGGUCAUAUUCUUGUCUUGUCCAAUUUCGAGAACGCAGGUGAGGUAAUUGAUUGGAUUGUCGCAUUACUGCAAGACGUCCUGGUCAAAUCGUUCAAUUCUGUUACGAACCCCAAGGACCAAGGUUUCCUCGCAUUCACCAUGCAGGAGCUACUCAGGUUUUGCGAGUUCCCUCAAAUUGCAGAAUUGCGACCUCGCGCAUCCCAGGCCCCAGAAGCUGCCGCCAAAUGGUAUGCCAUGCCUGAGCAUAUCCGUACAGCUCUUACGCCCUUUUUGAGUUCCAGAUACGUGGUUACCAGUAACAACCCCGUGAAUCCACCAGAUCGGAUCUAUCCUGGCUUCUCCCCCGACGCUUCUCACAGUUUUUGGCUGAGGUCCAUCACCAUCGACCUGUUGAUUAGAGCAAAAGGCGACAAUGCAAAAGCAAUCUUUAUGCUGUUUGUACGUAUCAUUCGUGCGCAGGAUCUAGCGAUUGCUCGCUUUCUCUUCCCGUACGCGGUGCUCAAUGUGGUCAUUGGAGGCACUACUACCGAAAUUAAAAAUCUCACAGAUGAAUUCAUGGCUACAUUGCAGGCAAAUUCAGACCAUGCCGCUCAAAAGGAGAAUAUCCGGCUUUGCAGUGAGAGCAUCUUCUCGGUCCUCGACUACACAUCGACUUGGCUGCGCGAGAAGCGCAAAGCGUUCAACGAGAUCCGUAGUGCAGCUUACAAGACGGGGAUGUCGCCCAGCGAAUUUGACGAGGCCCGUGACAUUGGUCAAAUGGAGACAGUAGAGAAUUUCCUGGCCUCUAUACCCGCGGAGAUCAUUGCGAACCAGGCGAUAGAAUGCCGAUCGUAUGCUCGUGCACUCUUUCACUGGGAGCAAUACAUACGACAGGAGCGAGAUCUCAUUCCGACCCAAAAGAUGACGAAAUAUCACGAGCACAUGUAUGAUCGAUUACAGGACAUCUACACGCAGAUCGAAGAGCCCGACGGGCUCGAGGGCAUUGCCGCUCAUUUGUCUCUAGUUUCGGAACAGCAACAGACCAUAAACCAUGCCAAAGCAGGACGUUGGACUGCUGCUCAGGCAUGGUACGAGCUUCAGCUGGCAGAAGAUCCCGCAGACGUUGAUAUCCAGCACCAAAUUUUGCUAUGCCAGAGGGAGACGGGACAGUAUGCCACCCUUCUUCGUUACGCCAACAGCUUCCUCGAUCCUGGUCAAAGUCAUGAUAAUAUGCCCGCAGCAAUACAGGCACAUUUGCCGUUGGCAGUCGAGGCAUGUUGGAUGACAGAGGACUUCGAUGGCCUCAAGCGACGACUGCUCAUUCGUCCCGAAGAAACCAAGGUAGAUUUCAACCUGGGCAUCGGCCAGGCUCUACUCUAUGCCGCAGAAGACUCUGCAGUCUCCUUGCAGGACCAUAUUAGGAACAGCCGCACUUCCAUCGUAGAAGGUCUUUCCAUGGCUAGCACUGGCUCACUGCAAACAUGCCAUGCAGAUCUGAUGAAGCUGCAUGUGCUUUAUGAGUUAGAAGCACUUUUCGCAGUCCAGCCUUCUGACGCUUCGCGCUUGAUGAAAACAUUUGACAAGCGCCUGCUCGCUGUCGGAGCAUAUGUGCAGGAUAAGCAGUAUAUUCUUGGUGCUCGUCGUGCUGUGAUGCGACUUCUGCCAGAAUCAUUCAAAGAAAGGUACUCAGGCGCAUCGUGGCUCACCACGGCCAGACUGGCUCGACAAUCGAAGAACAUCACCAGCGCCUACAAUGCCGUCCUCAAGGCCUACGAAUACCACGAGCGUGGGGCGAAGGUGGAAGAGGCAAGAUUGUUAUGGGUCGAGGGCCACCAAAGACAAGCUAUACGAGCGCUAGAAGCGGCCAUUGACUCUGGCGUAUUGGAAGUCGAAGAUCCCGAUUCGAGCGUGCCUGAUGCAGUCAGCGCCACGACGAAUAGCAUGAGCGAGAUCAACGGCCACAAGCAGAGUCCGCUAUUGGGCAAGGCACUGCUCCUUCUCGCCAAAUGGCUCGAUGCUUCUGGACAGAGCCAGACCAAGGACAUGACGGACCGCUAUCAAUUGGCCGCUCGCCGCCAUCAGCGAUGGGAGAAAGGGCACUACUAUCUGGGCAAGCACUAUAGCAAAUUGCUGGAUGUGCAGAAAUCGCUGCCUCGAGAGAAACAAAUCGCAACGUACUUGUCUGGUGAGCUGACCAAGUUGGUCAUUGAUAACUCUUUACGCUCCAUACCGUUCGGGAACAAGUACUGGCAUGAGACUAUCCCGCGAGUUCUCACUCUGUGGUUGCAGCUCGGCAUGGACUCGCUGAAGGCAGCUCGCGGAGAGGACGAUGCCAUCUUCCAGAAGCGUAAGAAAUCGCUGCAAGCGUGCAACAGGCAAUUGCAGAAAUACUUCGAGCGCGUCCCUCCAUACGUCUUCUACCACGCGCUUCCUCAGCUGAUUUCGCGAAUCACUCAUCCACAUCCUGACGUGUGGCACCAUCUGUGCAACAUUCUCGUCCGGAUUAUAUCCACACACCCAAGUCAGGCACUCUGGAGUAUGCUUGCAGUGCCCAAAGCGACCGACAAGUUACGGAUAGAGCGUGGCAAGGAAGUCUUGCUGAAGCUCAGAGAGCAGAAGACUCAGCCCAAACAUGAUGCAUCACACGUAGACCUCAAAACGCUCAUCGUGCACAGCCAGAGGCUUUGCGAUGGACUGCUUCUUGCUUGCGAACAGCCCAUUGAGGCUCGAGCGGUCCAUGUCAGCUUGUCCAAGAAUCUGGCAUUCAAGCUCAACCUGGCCCCCAGCAAUCUGGUGGUGCCUGUGGAGUCCACGUUGACCGCAUCUGCUCCCGCAGCAUCCAACAGUGACUCGAUUCGACGGCACAAAGCGUUUACGCAAGACAAGAUCACCAUCCAAGCCUUUCAAGACGAUGUGCUGGUCCUCAACUCACUACAGCGACCCAGAAAAAUCACGGUUCGUGGCUCCGAUGGCAAGCUGUAUGGACUCUUGUGCAAGCCCAAGGAUGAUUUGCGCAAAGAUCAACGUCUGAUGGAAUUCAACGGUAUCAUCAAUCGUGCUCUGAAGCGCAAUACGGAAAGCAGCAAGCGUCGUCUGUUUAUCAAAACAUAUGCAGUCACACCCUUGAGCGAAGAAUCCGGCUCCAUCGAAUGGGUCGAAGGCAUCAAGCCCAUGCGCGACAUCCUGCUCAGCGCGUACAACGGCAAAGGCAUCCGACCCAACUACAACGAGAUCCGCAAAAGCCUCGAAAUCGCCUCGGCAUCGGAAGAAAACGCGCACAUCUUCACCGAAGAAGUACUCUCCCAAUUCGAGCCCGUUCUCCACGAAUGGUUCACCGAAACCUACCCAGAGCCUGAAAUCUGGUUCCACGCUCGUCUCCGCUACGCGCGAUCCGCCGCCGUCAUGUCCAUUGUCGGCCACAUUCUCGGCCUCGGCGACCGGCACGGCGAAAACAUCCUCCUGAUGGAAGACACCGGCGGAGUCUUCCACGUCGACUUCAACUGCCUCUUCGACAAAGGUCUCACUUUUGAAAAACCCGAACGUGUCCCCUUUCGCCUCACUCACAACAUGGUCGACGCCAUGGGUCCCUAUGGCUACGAAGGCCCCUUUCGCAAAUCCUCCGAAUUGACCCUCGGUCUCUUGCGCCAGGAACGCGAUACCCUCAUGACCGUCUUGGAGACGUUUGUAUACGAUCCCACGGCGGAUUUUGUCGGGAAAAAGAGGAGAAAUACGCCUGGUGUACCGGAUACUCCGGCGGAGAUUUUGGAGAGUGUCAAGACGAAAUUGAAGGGGCUUUUGCUCGGAGAGACGGUGCCGUUGAGUGUGGAAGGCUAUGUGGAUGCUCUGAUUCAACAGGCGACUAGUCACUUUUUGUUGGCGAGCAUGUAUAUUGGCUGGUGUUCAUUUCUGUAGAUACACCCUCCCUCACUCUCUCGUGUGAGAUCCAAGCUGCAUGGAACAUAUUUCACGACGACGACAAUGAUAAUGAUUAUGCAUUAUGUAGGUACUAAAAAUUCACUCCC